AUGAGUUCACUAAACAACGCAUAUGAUGAAGGCGAUCACCUGGAACCAGUUUCUGAUCUUAGUGAUAUUGGUGGUGGAUUUGUGGUUGGUGACACUGAUAACAAGAGAAGAAGAACCACCGGAAGAAAAACACCAAAAAGACAAACAGCCAGGAGCAUCACAUAUACCGAAACACCAACUGAUGAUGAAAGUGAUGAAGAGGUGAAUUCCGAUACCUAUGCCAAUGUGGAAGCACCUACAAAAUCGCGUGUUGCCACGCGUAGGACCACACCAACGCGUCGCAAUGGCAACCAAAAGAAAAGGGUGUCACCUCAAGCCGAUGAGUCUUCUUCUGAUGACGACGAAGAGUUCACCUUAAGUUUGGAGGAUGAAAAAGACACGGCAUCGUCUGAUGAUGACGAUGUUGAAUAUUUGGGAUCAUCCACCCAUGCAACUAACGACAGAGUUGUCAUAGAAAUCUCUUCUGAUGAUGAGCCUUUGGCAAAUCUACCCGCGAGAGAAGAACCCGCACCCAAACCAAAGCAAGUAAGGAGGAAAAGGGCACCGGCUAGGACUAAAAAAGCAGCAAAACCUAAAAUAUCGCAUUACGAACGUUCUACAAACAACCUUUACACAAAUCACCCUGAGUUGCGAACUGUCUUCACAGACUUGGCCAACUAUGAACCCAUCAAACCAGAGCGUGCUGAACAUCCUGUUGGUAUGACAAUAAAGAUGUUGCCAUUUCAAUUGGAAGGGUUGAACUGGCUUUUAAAGCAAGAAGAAGGGAGAUUUCAAGGAGGCAUCUUGGCUGAUGAGAUGGGUAUGGGUAAAACAAUACAAACAAUAGGUUUGUUUAUGCAUGACACGACCAAGAAGCCGAAUUUGGUUGUUGGUCCCACUGUUGCUUUAAUGCAAUGGAAGAACGAAAUUGAGAGACAUACUGAUGGUAAGUUGAAGGUGUUGUUAUUUCAUGGCGGGAAUAGAGUGAACAAGGUUAGUGAGUUGGAGGGAUACGAUGUCAUUCUUACCUCGUAUUCAGUUUUGGAGUCUUCUUUUAGAAAACAACAAUAUGGGUUUCGUAGGAAAGGGAAUCUCGUUAAAGAAAAAUCAGCGUUGCAUGAAACGGAGUUUUAUAGAGUUGUUUUGGAUGAAGCCCACAACAUCAAAGAUAGAACAUCAAACACUUCGAGGGCCGCAAACUACUUGAAAACAAAAAAGAGAUGGUGUUUAACUGGUACACCUUUACAAAACAGAAUCGGUGAAAUAUACUCUUUGAUCAGGUAUAUGAAACUAGAACCAUUCCACAAGUAUUUUUGCACUAAAUGUGAAUGUGCUAGUAAUGACUGGAAGUUCUCCAACGGAAGAACUUGUGACUUUUGUGGACACCCUGGGAUGAUGCACACAAACUUUUUUAACCAUUUUAUGUUGAAGAAUAUUUUAAAAUUUGGAUUAGAAGGUGAUGGUAUGGACAGUUUCAAGAACUUGCGAUUGUUGUUGGACAAUAUGAUGUUGAGGAGAACCAAAAUCGAAAGGGCUGACGAUUUGGGAUUGCCACCUAGGAUUGUUGAAAUUAGACGUGACAGGUUUAACGAAGAAGAGCGAGAUCUUUACACGUCGCUUUACAGUGAUUCCAAAAGAAAGUUCAAUGACUAUGUCGCUGAGGGUGUGGUGUUGAACAAUUAUGCCAAUAUUUUUACAUUGAUCACCAGAAUGAGACAAUUGGCAGAUCACCCCGACUUGGUGUUGAAGAGAUAUGGCACAAACCAGAUUGCUGACCAUAUUGAUGGGGUGAUUAUGUGUCAACUAUGCGACGACGAAGCCGAAGAGCCGAUUGAGUCAAAAUGCCAUCAUAGAUUUUGCCGUAUGUGUAUUCAAGAGUAUAUUGAAUCGUUCGACGGUAUUAACAGCAAACUCACAUGUCCUGUUUGUCACAUUGGAUUGUCAAUUGAUUUAGAGCAACCAGCACUUGAAGUUGAUGAAGAGUUGUUUACAAAGGCUUCAAUUGUCAACAGAAUCAAACAGGGUUCCCAUGGAGGUGAAUGGAGAUCAUCAACCAAAAUCGAAGCACUUGUCGAGGAGUUAUACAAGCUCAGGUCCGACAAGCACACCAUAAAGUCCAUUGUGUUUUCGCAAUUUACCUCAAUGUUGGAUUUAAUUGAGUGGAGGUUAAAGAGAGCAGGAUUUCAAACUGCGAAAUUGUCCGGGUCUAUGUCGCCACAACAACGUGACAACACAAUCAAAUAUUUCAUGGACAAUAUUGAAGUUGAGGUGUUUUUGGUGUCAUUAAAAGCAGGUGGUGUUGCCUUGAACUUGUGCGAAGCUUCACAAGUGUUUUUGAUGGAUCCUUGGUGGAACCCUAGUGUUGAAUGGCAAUCUAUGGACCGUGUUCAUAGAAUUGGACAAAAGAGGCCAAUUAGGAUUACCCGAUUCUGUAUUGAAGACAGUAUUGAGCUGAAAAUUAUUGAGUUGCAAGAAAAGAAGGCAAAUAUGAUCAAUGCUACCAUCAACCACGAUGAGGCUGCUGUUAGCAAAUUGACUCCAGAUGAUUUACAGUUUUUGUUUAUGAAUUGA